AUUAAACAUACGGCAAAGCGUUUAUGGAAGCAAAUAAUAUAAUAAAAGUAAUACAAAAUAAGGUGUAACAAAUUUUAUUAAUUUAUUUGUUCAUUAUUUUUACUGGUGUCGACCUCUACGAAUACUUUGUUCAAAUACAGAUAAUACAGGUGCGCAAGUUGUCAAAAUGAUAUAACGUGUAGGGUUUACGGACGGUUAUUUUCCUGGGUUUAAUGAAUAACACAUGGUGUUAAAUAACGAGGAUAUCAAUAUUAUUUGGAUAAGCGACUAUUAGCACACUGAAAUUUUAUCGCCUUUUCCUUAGUCGACCUUUCGCUAUUCCGGUGUAACAGGAAAUAUGAUAAUUGUCCCUAUAGUUAAUUAGCUGCUGGUGUUGAUAAUAACAUGCUGCUAAUAUAUGAUAAGCCUGUGCCGUGUACGUCUCCACGCAAGUUAGAAUUAAUACCACCGAGACGUUUAUUCGACAGUCUGCGAUCUGUAUUUGAUAGUAAAGUAGUUUAGAAGGUGACAGAUGUUUCAUAAAAUAACCAGAAUUUACCUCAACAAUUUUAAACCUUCGUUAUUUUGAAUUCGAAUUGCGCGAAAACAAGUACAUUCAACUUUUUUUUUCAGCUUAAGAUGUUUGAGAUCUUUUACCUUGGAUUGUACUUAUUGUUUUUUGGAAGUUGCGUUGGGGACUAUUCAGAUUGGGACACGAAAUGGCAAAUGCUGUGUCCUGGAUUAUUUCCCAAAGUAUUCACGAGUUACACACCUCGUGGAAAUUUUUCUAGUGGUAUAUAUACUAUGCAACCUCAUCUAAGCGAUAUAAAACACUGUGUAGCUGUAUGUUGUACUAAACCCACAUGUAAUGUGGCAUUAAUGCACAAUGGUACUUGUUACCAUGUGCAGUGUGAAAGUUCCAAAUUAUGUAUACCUUUAUAUAGAAAAGAUCUAGCAACUGAAAAUCCACCUAUUAUGGUUCUGGUUAAACCAGUGAAAGAAGAUGAAAUAUGGAGUAUAUUAUUAAAUCAAAUAAAUGACGAUACUGGAAGUUUGCUUAUGGAUGGCAAUGAAAUGGAUCACAUACUUUUUAGUGAAACAAGCGAGAUAAGUUGUAUCACUAAACCAGAUUGUUUAGAAAAUGAAGUAUGCGUUAAAAACGAUAAAUCUGAUGUUGGAAUUUGUGAAUGUGCCAUUGGAUUCAAACGCAAUAUCGCGGGUAUUUGUACUUUAGUAGAGGAUAUAGAACUUGGGGUAACAGCACAAGCAAAGGCAGAAGACGAAAAAGAUUCUAAUACAUCUAUGAAACCAACCAUAAAACAGUUAUUAGUUUCUGCUGUUUCAAAAGAAGUACGCUUACCAGAAAAUGAAGUAACUUUAUCUGCCUAUACUGUCCCUGCUGAGCAGGAAAGUGAACAUUACAAUUAUGUUUGGAGCCUUUUAAGUCAACCUGAAAGCCAUACUGGUACAAUGACUGAUCAGAAUCGAAUGACUGUUAAAUUAAGUAAUCUUUCCGAAGGUUUAUAUACAUUUAAAGUAACAGUGAAUAGUUCAAAUGCGAACGCUUAUGGAGAAGCAUAUGCAAAUGUCAGUGUUUUGCCACCCAAGAGAAUAAAUCAGGCACCAAUUGCCAUAAUUUCACCAGCUUCGCAAGUUGUAAAAUUGCCGAAUACUGGAGCUGUAUUAGAUGGUUCUUCGAGUAAAGACGACGAUCGAGUUAUUUCUUAUCACUGGGAAUUACAACAGGGCCCUAUUGGAUAUCAACCUAAUCUAGUCGACACACCUACUCUACAAUUAGAUAAUCUUAUUCCUGGAAAUUAUACGUUUAAGUUGACUGUUGAAGAUUCUGAUCAUAUUACUAACUCUACAAGUGCUAAUAUAACAGUCUUGAAAGUAACUGAUUAUCCUCCUAGUGCGAACGCGGGUCAAGAUAUUAUUAUAUAUUUACCUCAAAACACAUUGACACUCAAUGGUAAUUUGAGUACAGAUGAUCAUGGAAUAGCAAGCUGGGAAUGGACAAAGAGUCCUUCGGAUCAAAAUAAAGCAGUAGAUAUGCAAAACACAAGAACUCCAUACUUACAAUUAUCUAAUUUAGAGGAAGGAAUGUACACAUUUGUGCUGAAAGUAACAGAUGAUUCUGAACAGUCUUCUACAGCUGAAGUACAUGUAUUUGUAAAACCACCAACUAAUAAACCACCUAAAGCUGAUGCUGGUGAAGAUAUAACUAUAGCAUUACCAGAAACCAAAACUGUACUCGAUGGUCGAAAAAGCAAAGACGAUAUUAAAAUCGUAUCUUAUCACUGGGAGCAAGUGAGUGGACCUAAUAAGGCUGAAUUCUCUGCAGUUAACGAAUCAAUUACAAAUAUUACAAAAUUAACAAAGGGUGAUUAUGAAUUUAAGUUAACUGUAAUUGACGAUAACGGAAAUAAAAAUUCAGAUACUGUACAAGUAAAAGUCACGCAAAAUAAAAAUGCUCCUCCUAAAGCAAACGCAGGUGGCGAUCAAGUUGUUAUAGCACCUAUUAGUGCACUGAUUAUUAAUGGAUCUCAAUCGACUGAUGAUUUAAGAAUUAGUGAAUGGAUAUGGACAAGAGAUCCAUCUAGUCUUGCAAUAGGCACUAUAAUCCAGGAUACAGAUAAAUCGUCUGUUUUAAUGGUAACAGAUGUCGUUCCAGGCAGAUAUGUUUUUAGAUUAAAAGUAGUAGAUGAUCAAGGUCUUAGUAGCGAGGAUACUGUAUCCGUGAUAGUGAAAACUGAUCCACAAUUGUUGCAUUUGGUUGAAUUGACGCUGAACAUUGGAGCAAACAUGCUAACGGUAUCACAGAAAAAUUCAUUGAUAGUAAAGUUGCAAAUGUUAUUACGAGACGAAGCAUCGAUCGUUGUUCGAAAUUUAAGAGCAGAACCACAUACGGGCAGAGCGGUUUUAAUCUUUUACGUUGAAAAGAAAGGAGGAAAAACGACUAUGCCUGGACCGGAAGUGGUCAAACGAUUAAAAGAAAAAUUAAAACAAGAUUCUGGUCUUCUUCAACUAUCAGUUGCAAACAUUGAUACUGCUGUAUGCCAAAAUAAUUGUUCUGGUCAUGGGGUGUGUGAUCAAGAGACAAGGCUAUGUAUGUGCGAAGCAUUUUGGAUGCAAAAUUUAAUACAGAAAUAUUUCGGCAAUGGCGAUUCCAAUUGCGAUUGGAGCAUUCUCUAUGUAAUAAUAGCAUUACUGUCUCUGGUCGUGUGCUGGGUUGGUCUUAUUUGGGGUCUCGUUUGCCUAUGCCAAAGAAUAUGUUCAGGUAAACGACGUUCUCUUCGCGCCAAGAAGAAACCACCACGUUACUCCCUUUUGCAACCGGAACCAGAAGAUGACAGUAGCACAUUUUCAACACAUAAAAUGGUACUAUCUGAAUCGGAUACAGAUUCUGAUGACGUCUUAUUCGAGCAUCGUAAAGCAAAGAACAAUAGUCAAGCGAGAAACGGUAAAUCUCGGAAUGGCUUUAUUAAAGUGGGUUCUAGGGUGAAAACAUGAGGUAACAACUGUACUUAUAAACGUCAAACUGUAUCGUGCGUUAAAUUGUUUUAAUUUAAUCGAACGUUUCAGAAAUGUAUAGAGCGUAAAACCUCGUAUAGUGACGCACAUUUGUGUAUGUUUGGCCAAAAAAAAAAAAAAAAAAAAAAAAAAA